GAGGAGAGAGAGAGAGAGAGAGGAGAGAAGGAGGGGAAGGAGUCCGAAGAAUCCAUGGCGAGGGAGGGCGAGAGGAGAGGAGAGACGUUUAGAAUUCAACGCAUCGCGGCAGCAGCAGAGACGACGCGCGUCACAUGGGACUACUAGACCCCCCCCCACCUCCCUCCCUCCCUCCGUUACGCACUCCCUCGCAUUCUCCCUCUCUCCUUCUCUCUCUCUCUCUCUCCCUCUCUCCCUCUUUCUGCGGCGCUGCUUUCGAUCGAUCGAUUGAAGAGCGCCGAGCAGCAGGAAUUCGAUUAGGUUUUUUCCCCUCCCCCUUCUCUUCUCUUCUCUUCUUCUUUUGGGCUCGUCGGAGGAGGAGGAGGAGGAGGAAGGGAUUGGGGGCGGCGACGAUGGAGGACGGCGUGCUGUGCCAGUGGAGCGUCUUCAGAUCUCUCCUCGCCAUUGUCCAGUGGUGGGGCUUCAACGUCACCGUCAUCAUCAUGAACAAGUGGAUCUUCCAGAAAUUGGAUUUCAAGUUUCCUCUGACCGUGUCAUGUGUCCACUUCAUAUGCUCGUCUAUCGGAGCUUACAUGGUUAUAAAAGUGCUGAAGCUGAAGCCCUUGAUAGUUGUUGACACCGAAGAUCGCUGGAGACGAAUUUUUCCCAUGUCCUUUGUGUUCUGUAUAAACAUUGUCCUCGGGAAUGUGAGUUUACGUUACAUCCCAGUUUCUUUCAUGCAGACAAUAAAGUCAUUCACUCCCGCAACAACAGUUGUUUUGCAGUGGCUUGUGUGGAGAAAAUACUUUGAUUGGCGUAUUUGGGCUUCUUUGGUGCCAAUCGUCGGGGGAAUUCUUCUUACAUCAAUUACGGAGCUUAGUUUUAACAUGCUGGGGUUCUGUGCCGCCUUAUUUGGUUGUCUUGCAACUUCCACAAAGACGAUUCUUGCAGAAUCCCUGUUGCAUGGAUACAAGUUUGACAGCAUUAACACGGUAUACUACAUGGCACCUUUUGCAACAAUGAUCUUGGCUGUCCCGGCGAUCCUUCUUGAAGGUCCUGGAGUUCUUCUCUGGUUUCAAACCCACACAACUAUUAUCCCAGCCCUCAUCAUUAUUUUCAGUUCUGGAGUGUUGGCAUUUUGCCUAAAUUUCUCCAUCUUUUACGUGAUCCACUCAACAACUGCAGUAACAUUUAAUGUCGCUGGAAAUCUCAAGGUUGCAGUCGCUGUCAUGGUAUCAUGGCUCAUAUUUAGGAACCCUAUUGCGGGCCUGAAUGCCGUGGGGUGUGCAAUAACGCUCUUGGGCUGCACUUUCUACGGUUACGUGCGGCACAUGCUAUCCCAACAGCCACCAGGGACUCCUCGGACUCCCCGUACCCCACGAAAUCGUAUGGAGCUACUACCCCUUGUAAAUGAUAAAGUAGAUGAUAAAGUGUAAUUGGGGCAUUGUUGGUUCUAGGCAGUUGGAAAGGGUGCGAUAUUAGAGAAAGAAGAGAAAGAACUAGGAACGAGAGAACUCCCCUUUGUUAUUUCGAGCUUUGAUUAAAUUAUUCCAAAAUUUUUAAUCAUACGCCCUCUCUUACCGGGCAAAUUAUAUGUUUUCGCUGCUGGUGUAAUUCAUGCUCUUUUCAGUGCUUUUGAGUU